UCUGAAUGGGCCUCUAUCUGCUACUAGGCGAGCGAGCAGACAGCUUAAGAACUACCCACCGAAGAACACUACAAAUGUUAAUAAAAAGUUCGCAAAAUAGAAAAAUUAUGGAGAAUUUGAACAAGAUUAGAGGGGAUAGAAUGAAAUCUCUGAGCCCAAGAGCAGAAAUUACUCCUCACAUCAAUUAUACUGUUAUGUCAGAUGGAGCUGGAGAUCAGAAGAACCGGCUAUUCUCGGCAAAGGGAGCUAAAAAAUUUGAUCCUAAUUCACUCCAAAAGCUACUAAAAUAACCGUCAAAGGAACAACUCUGAUGAUAAAAAUAUGAAAGUAGGUGCCUAUCAUGGACCGAAGAUUAAUAAUAAUUCUUAUCUUCAUUCCUAAUGACAAGAAAAGCUCUCGUAAUGAAGUAUUUGCUAGCCAUACGAAGGCAUUGAGUCUUGGCCCGACCAGGAUGGGCCCUACUUCUCCUCACGAAAGUUCCAAAGCUGCAGAGACUCAGAAGAAGAGACACCGUGGGCAUGCGAAUAAGCUAAUUUUAAGGAACAUUGAAUAUGAUGAACCUCGUAAUAAAAAAAUUCCUUUGGGGCAGCAAAUAAUAAAGAAUUUUAAGGAAUCAAUGAUGACUAAAGACUCUGAUGCGGAUAAACGAACUAUGGUAUCUCCGAACUCUUCAAUAAUGAGCAAGCUGAGUAAGCGGUUAAAGAACAGAUUUGUAAAUGGGCAUCUCCAGACACAAGGGGUCUAUUCUCCAACAAAGAUUUCAGACAUGCCUUUCAUGUUCAAGACUUACAACACUAAUGAGCAAAUUUGUGAGUUUGAUGAGGAUUUUAAGGAUCUGAGAGCUGCUGAAAAGAAAUUUAAAAGAAGAAUCGUCCCUCUCAUUAACCUAAAAGACCUAGAUUAUGAGGAUCGAGAGAACCUUAUUUGUAAAAUAAAGAAGAUCUGAGAUACCUUUGAGCUCGGAGAUGAGACUUUCUAUACCUCUGUUAUGUUGAAUGACUUCCAGAUGAUGAGCAACCAGAAAGUUCCAUAUGAUCCAAUCACACUUGAGAAAUUGUUUGAUUUCUCCCAGCUGAGCGAUGGGACUGAUAAGAUGAAUAGAUAUAUCUCCUUUUUCAAGUGAAUCGCAUGAAUAUAAUUAUUAGCAUUAAGUUUUGAGAGCAUGAAAAAGAAACUCCUUAUACCAAAGAAAUACUCGAAUUUUUCGAGCUUGAAGGACUCACCCCAAUAUUGAUAAUGAAGGAUAAAGAUGAUAAGCCGACUGAGAAAAAGACUAUUAAAGCUUUGUUUAAGUACAUAUUUGAUCAGCAGAUUUCCAUUUUGUUGAUGAUCGAUUUUAAAAUUAAUCCUGUUUCACUAAAACAUUUUAUCGACCAUUAUUGAUUGAUCCUCCCCCAACCUGAGGAGAGAGUCUCAGAGACAGAGACUUCUCAAGUCUCCUCAAUUUUUGAGGACAAAAAGUGUAUGAUGACGGAAGCAUUUAAUAAAAGCAUCAAAGGAAUACGCAAGCGUGAACAAACAGCAAUGAUAAAGGAAAUCAACGAUGAGAUCAAAGAGUGAAUAAAUUCCAUCAGCAACCUCAGUCCUCUCCUGCCAGACUUCUGAUGCUGCCAUUUCUCUGAAAUUUCUAUCGCAUCUUUAUGAGUCACAGUUAGCUUUAGCUUUAAAUGUCUUGCAGCUAAAUAAUCCUGAUAAAAUUAAAAAAUUUACGAAAUUAAAAGAGCUGUAUGUAAAAUGGAUAGAGAACAUCAGUGAGAAAUACAAUAUGAAUAACAAACGAGUAUAUCAAUAUAAUUUAAAAAUGAAGGAAUUCUUAAAGAAAGUGAAUGAUGGAAGUUAAGCCUGAGGCUAUGCCUCAGGCUUGCUUUUCCCGCAUCUAAUUUAUUUCAAAAUUUAUGAGCAUUGUUAAAGUUU